AUGCAACACGAUAAUCUCUAUGGCUACAAGCCAUCCAUUGCGGCCGGUGUGAUCUUCAUCAUUCUCUUCGCUCUCACAACGGCCUAUCACAUAUUACAACUGACGAAAGCCAAAUCCUGGUACUUCAUUCCUUUCGUAAUCGGAGGAAUUUUCCAAAUCAUCGGCUAUAUCUGCAAAUGCCUCGGUCAUGAUAACCUCACAUCCGUGACUAUCUAUGCUCUGCAGUCCGUGUUGAUCUUGCUCGCCCCGCCGUUAUACGCCGCAUCGGUAUACAUGGUUCUCGGGCGACUUGUCACGUACCUACAAGCAGAGAAGUCAAGCCUAGUCCCUGUCAAAUGGGUGACCAAGCUCUUCGUCGCCGGCGACGUUUUCUCUUUUAUGCUCCAAUCAGCCGGCGGUGGCCUCAUGGCCGGCAGCUCCAGCAGCAUGCGCACCACCGGAUCCAACGUUGUGAUCGGUGGUCUAGUGGUACAACUCCUAUUCUUCGGCUUCUUUGUCGUCGUCGCAGCGGUAUUCCAUUAUCGCAUCACGAAAUCCCCAACAAUAAAAUCUACAAACGAGCGCCAAAUGACACGAGGCCAGGGCUGGCAGCAGCGCAACUGGGUGACUGUCCUAAUGGCUUUGUCGAUUUUUCGCCUCAUCGAGUACAAGUAUGGGUUUGAUGGAUAUCUCAUGACGCAUGAGGUGUUUGGUUACAUCUUUGAUGCACUGUUGAUGUUUGUUGCCAUGGUGGUGAUGAACGUAUAUCAUCCUGCUGUCAUUCUGGGCAAUGGGAAGGGGGAAAUUCUCAAGAUUCUGAAGAGAUGCAGUUGCCUUAUCGGUGAAGGUAAUGCUACCACAGUGGCUGUUGUUUGA